AUGGCACCAACAUUCGCCCAACACUAUCAUGCCACGUUCACUGUUGGCAUCCAGACAAAUAAUCAACAUAUGUCCAACAAUCGUGUCCAUAAAAGGUCUAAAACUCCUCCAACAAAACACCAACAAAACAUUCACAAGUACGAUUUCAUCUUGUAGUCAAAUAUAGUCAAACACACAGUGAAAUACCAAAUAGCACAGUGGAGUUGCUUCCUAUCUUGAGCUCCAAUCAGGAUCUUUGUUGUUGUCCUCUGGCUAAAUAGCUGCGAGUACAUUAUCUGAGCUCUGCUGUUUCUAUUUUUGGGUUCAGGGCUCCCAGAGGACGACCCAUCCAGCCUCCCACUUCCUUUUUCCUCUUCUCUCUCUUCCUCUUCAGGCUGAACGUGUUCACCAGGAUUUACUCCCAACUAAGCGCUCGGCCUGUUGGUUCAUUCCAAACUUUGCAUGAAAGUCCUUUUUCUUAAUCUCUUUCUACUUCUAUUCAGAUGCUCUCUUAAACACUCUCCACUGUUGCCAUUCGUCUUGGCCUGCAUCAUGUUAUCAGGACAAGCUCUCAGGAUUCCUUCGAUCAGCACUUCAGCUAGAUUUAUUAAUCUUACGCUAACAAGCCAGUUUCAGGGUUAUGUUUCUUGCUGUUUUUUAUAUAUAUAUGCUUGAAAUUCCUCAAAAUAAUCCAUGUAGAGAUGAACUUUAUCAUCAAAGUGGGAGAUGCGAUCAAUCAUAAAGAUCCUCGGGUAAAUCUGUUUUUAUCAUAUUCCACAUGUUUGACUCUGUUUCCAUAAAUCAUGUUUCUUUUCAGCGCAGUGGAAUAAACUCGCCCAGGCCAAAGCCUCUUUCGGACUGUUGUUGCCAUAACAAAUAAACAGAAACCGCUGCAACUUUGUAUUCCUACCAGCCACUUGUGUUUGUGAUACAGUCUGUAAAGCCAAGAAAGUCGGAACCGUGUGUGCGAGGAAGAAGUUCACUCUCGAGAGUUCAAUGUGACUUUUUCGCAACAGCGAAUCAGUCAGAAACAUUUCAUCACCUUUGUUUCUGUACGUACGCCCAAGAUUAUCAGGCUGUAACAUGACACAAUGGAUGAAUUUUCUUUUUGAAAAGUUGUUUUUUGUGUCAGAUUUUCAUGAGCUUCCCUUAAUGUCGUUUUUAGAGUAUUUAACCAUAAAUACUUGGUGUGUACGGUUGAUUCUGGGUGGCAGAGUUGUUUCCCCUCCUCAUUCUUCUCCCUUUCCAUUCACAUCUUUCCACAUUUCUGACUUUUCAUCGUCCUUGUUUGAUGUGCGCUCAUGUGACGGACCACAUCAGAUAAGGAGAAUAAGGGGACCGAGGUGGGGCCGGCUGAGGAAAAUCUCUGAAUGGAUAUGUCAACAUAGUCCUUGUGGAAUUUUCUUGUUACGUACAGUCAUAGAACAAAACUUGAACGUAAUGAGGUGUCUUAAGUUAGCCGCUAAAAGAAAAAGUUUGUCCAUAUUUCACCACUUUUUGGAAAUGAGCUCAUAUUUGGAUGGUUAUUUGUCAUCUGUAGCUAUGAGAGACCUUGACUCUUUAAAGUGACCGAUCCCAAAGAUCCUCAUAUGUGGGCGUGUGGUGUCACAGGAAUUUGAAAGCCUGUCUUAUCCCGUCUGUGGCCCUGUCCCCUCCCUCCAACAGCAGCACGGUGCCGGUCAGUCUUGAGAAUGGAGCUGUCUGUCAGUGAGCGCUAAGUGGCUGUUUCAUAAAGAUAAGUGCCAUUCAGAAAAAAAAAGAACUUAUGACUGAUUCAAAGGGUCGCUUAUGGCAGGGACUGUCAACACCUGGAUAUAAGGAGAUGUGAGUGUGGACAGUAACCUGUGGGUGAACUCUGCGGUAGAUCUGUUUCUUCAGAGUCAAAAUGGACCUGUUUGAUUGGAGAAAGUAUCCUAGAAAGUCGGAGACUUCUGAGAGUGUUGUUUCUAAAGCACCCAUUAUUUCAUUAUAAUAAUCCAGACUGGAAACAUAGAGUGACUCAAUUACAUCAUUUAAAAGCCUGAAACAACUGCAAAAAGUCCUGGAUUUUUGCAAUUGAGUCAUGAGCUGAGUGUCUGAGAGUCAUGAUUCUGUUUUGAGAAUUUCGACUUUUUCUCUUUUGGAAAAUUCAAAUUUUUUGAAGAUGUAAAAUUUUUUCACAAUUUUAAGUAAAAGUCAGAACUCUGAUAAAAAAAAAAUUAGAAUUAGAAAUCCAACUUUGAAUUUAGAAUUCUAUGAUCUUAGAAUUCCAACUUUGAUCUUAGCAUUCCAACUUUGAUUUUUGAAUUCAAAGUUGGAAUUCUUAUGAUGUUUUUUCCAACUUUGAUCUAAGAAUUCAAACCUUUAUCUUAGAAUUCAAAGUAAGAAUUCUAAUGAUGAUCUUAGAAUUCCAACUUUGAACUUAAAAUUCUGACUAAGUUCUUAGAAUUCCAACUUUGAUCUUAGAAUUCCAGCUUUGAUUUUAGAAUUCUUUGAUCUCAGAAUUCCAACUUUGAUCCUAGCAUUCCAACUCUGAUCUUAGAAUUCCAAAUUUGAUCUUAGAAUUCCAACUUUGAUUUUGGAAUUCAAAGUUAGAAUUCUAAUGAUGAUCUUAGAAUUCCGACUUUGAUCUUAGAAUUUCAGCAUUGACAUUGUCCAAUAUGUUGGAAUUCUAAUCAUUAUCUGAGAGUUCUAAAUGUAAUUGGACUUUUAAAAUUCUGACUUUGCACUCAAUAUUGGGAUUCAUGUCUCAUAAUUCUGACUUUAAUCUCUGAAGUUUUUUUUUCUUAUAAUUCGGUGUGUAAAGUUAUCAUUCAAAUUAUUAUCUUGUUGUUUUAAGAUUAAAAUUUAGAAUAACAAAUAUAAUCCUCAAAUUUUACUUUCAUUUCAAAAGUCCAAGAAAUUGUUUGUAUCUCUUACUGUUACCCUUUAUUAUGAUUUAUAGGUUCAUAUAUUCAAGUUUCUAGUCAUAUCCAUCUAUCUCCAUCUAUUAUUUUGCAUUUCAGGUUAGUUGAGCAAACCCACAGUAUUAUAAAACUAUCUCUGCCCAGAGUUUGAAAAUACCGUAUGUAUAUUUCAAAGGUGUAAAUUUAGGCUGUUUUGAAACAUUUACUGGAGUCGGAGAGUUCAUCUGGCAGGUCAAGACUCAACAUCUGGACUGAUUUGUCUCAGUUUCAUCAUAAUGUUGUUAUAGUCAGUAAGAGAGAGCGAGAGAGAAAUAUAAGUAUGAAAACAGAUACAUCUUCAUUAGCCCAGCAGCCUUUGGCAGCACUCCUGACACAGAAAUGACACUAUUUAAGUCUCAAGGCCUACUUUUACAAAAUUCUUCACACUUGUUUUGGAUUUUUAGACAUUCCUGAAACUGAUCCUGAUCCCACUGGAGAGGGUGAGCCCAUUUAAAAUGGUGAAUUAGAUAAUAAACUUAAAAUUAAACCCAUGAAAAGACCAGAACGAUGACGUUUGUCCUGCAGAAAUGUGCAGUUUGUUCUGCCAUGUUGUGUAACGCCUUGUAACCUUUUAUUAGCCUUUACACUAGAGGACUGGCGGAGGCUGGAUCUGCCUCUCGUUGCCCCCUUGGGUUCGAGCAAAGAACUGAUUUAUUCCAGAAAUCUGCACACCAGAGUUUUUCUCUGCUGGAGUCAGGCUUGAGAGGCGAGUUUGGUUUCUGCAUCAUGCUGCCCUCUAGCUUUCAAAGCAUGGUACUGAAAUAUGUCCAGCAUUAAGGAAUCCUCUUUAUUUAAUGCACUACUCACAUUUAACUACACAUGAAGACGAGUGAAUGAAUCAUUUACGGAUAUAGCUAUCUGAAAAGUCAAACCAAGAGUCUAUAAAAGGAAAAGUAAUUGUAAAUAUGACUCCACAUUGUUCGGUGCAGCUUAUAGCAGCAGGUGACCUGAUUGGAUUUGAUAUAAUCAGACAGGACAGGUCACACACUCGCUUUAAGUCAUCUCUCACACAUGUAUGAGCUUUACACCUUCAUCAGCUGAGUGAGACGUUAUGUACUCCUUAUAAUGCAGUAAGAGAUCACUACAGGAGAAACAUUCGGAUGAAAGUGGCGAAACUAUUUACUGGAAAGACCUUCUUAUAACUUAUUGGUAAGUUUGCUUUCAUUGAUUUUCAAGUAGAGUUGUUAUUUUUGUCCAUCAAAGUUUUCAAAAGCUAAAUUCUAUCCUUAACCUUGACUGAAUGGUAUGGGAAAUCACUAUCUGUUCAAGGAGAACCCAAAACCAGCUCCAUCUUGACCUGCUAGAGUUAUAAAAUGCUAUCUAUAUCAAUUUUAACUAUAAGUGGGCUCUUUUAUCCACUUUAUUACAUUUUUCCCACUAUUCUUACUUGUGAUAAUGUUCACUGUGUUGUUCUGGAAAACAACAUCUUUCUACCAUCUCUGUUUCAGGUUCUUGUCAGGUCUAGAUGUGGUGGGUCUUGGAGGUAAACCCAAGACAAAAAUGGCUAUCAUCUUAGUCCUUAUGGCCUGCUCGUGUUUGCUGCCCUGUCCGGCACAGGCAGCCUUGUUUCGUGUCGGGGUGGUGGGACCAUGGGGGUGUGACCCAAUCUUCGCCAAGGCUUUGCCAAGUGUGGCAGCCCAGCUAGCAGUUGACCGGAUUAACAAGGACCCAGCACUGUCCUAUGCUGCAACAUUUGACUAUGUUGUGCUGCAGGUACAAGCUUCUAUGUUCCUAGGAACCUGUGUCUCAGAGACACUGUGAACCCAGAAUUCUGUGAUCCCACAGCCCUAAAGUACUAUGGUCAUAUCCCCCAAGUUUACAUGUUGCCAAGGUUCUAUGUUCCUGGGACCAUAUGUUUCUAGGUCCCUUGUGCCUAGAGUCCCAUCUGCACAAGGUCUUUUCUCCUGUGGCAGUAAGUUUUUCCGAGAUUCUUUAUAUCCAAAGUCCUGAUUCCCUCACAAAGAUACCAUACAUAUAGGAUCUCAUGUUCUUGGGUCCUGCACUGACUCCACUGCACUGAGAACCUUUGGUCCUUUGUUCCAAAAAUACUGUGUUCCUGGGCACUAUGUUCUCUGGGUCGUAUAGGCCGGAGUGCUUGUGUUUCUCGGGUCUUAAGGCCCCGGUCCUGCAAGGUCCUUAAUGCCCAGAAUUCUGUGUUCCCAACUCUGAGGUUAUGGUGUCUUGUGAUCCCAGUGUGCUACUUACCCCAACUCUGCAUGUACUCUUCAGGAGCCAUGUGAAACAUCUAAAGCACUUGACACAUUCAUUGGUUUUCAAACCAAGGCCUCAGGGUUCAUUGGUCCAGCCAACCCAGGCUACUGUGAUGCUGCUUCGAUGUUGAGCAAAGGCUGGAAAAAAGUAGGUUUAUCAUGUAUGAAUGGUACUUAAGAGGAGUUUCAGUUUUAAGUAGUUGUGUAAAUAAUAGGAUGAAGUAACUGUUCCUCCUCCUCUAGGCUUUGUUUUCUUGGGGUUGUGUUGGCUAUGAACUUGAUGAUGUGCGGAAUCAUCCAACCUUUGCCCAUUCAAUUCCAAGGCCCACGUGGGUACUGCUAAGCAUGAUCAAGUACUUCAGGUGGGCUCACAUUGGCAUCAUCUCUUCCUCAGAUGACGUCUGGGUGGAAACAGCCACCAAGGUUUGAACGUUUGGUACCUUUAACAUCCAAAGAAAAGGAAGGAUAAUUGUGCUCAAAUGCUUCUACUUUCUUAAGGUUUGGGUUUUGUCUUUUUCCCAUUCAGGUUGCAGAUUCACUAAGGAGUCAUGGUCUUCCGGUUAGACUGGUCAGUUUCAUGGAAAACACCCCUCACGGAAUAAGGAGAACUCUGUCCAAGAUCCGGAAGAUGAGGGAGAUAAAAGGUGCUUUCGAGUGUAUUUUUGCUUUAAGAGCUUCAACAAGGACCUUGCCCAUGACCCCUUAAAUUGUAAUUUUUUAUGGUUUCUUCCAGUUGUGAUCCUCUGCAUGCACUCGGUUCUUCUUGGUGGCAUAGUCCAGAAGCUGCUCUUGGAGGCGGCGUAUGAUAUGCAGAUGAUUGAUGGCUCGCUGGUAUUUGUGCCCUACGACACGCUGCUGUACAGCCUCCCUUACCGCAACAUAUCCUACCCAGCUUUGAAGAGCAACGGCAAACUGCUACGGGCCUACGAUGCCAUGCUGACUGUCACCAUCAACUCUCCCCAGGUGUCAUUUUAUGAGGCCUACAGUGAGGCGAUGGGAAGGCAAGAGGUGGCAAGGACCUUGAAGCCACAGCAGGUGCAAAGAGGGGUCAGGAUGAGGGAACAGGAUUUGUUUACCUUUGAAGUCAACCGGGGCAGUUCUUGUUAAAAUCUUUCCUGUCUGUUCCACAGGUAUCUCCACUUUUUGGUACGAUUUACAACUCCAUACUCACCAUGGCUCAUGCAGUGCAUCAGGUUAGAAAGACCGGGGAGUGGGUGUCUGGAGGAAAUCUGGCAAGACAUACUGGCAACCUAGCCUUCCAGGUACUGAGUUAACUUGAUUUUCCAAAAGAUUACGGACCAAGAGUUUCCUGAUAGUACAUGAUUGUUUUUGGAUUUUAGCAUGUAUUUUCAAGACUUUUAUUUUCUUGUCAUGAUAGAAUAACAAAAAGGACAACUGAAUUCUUUCUUCUUAAAGGGUUUCAGCCAUGCCAUCAAAACCAACAGCUCUGGAGACAUUCUGCUUGACUACCUUAUACUGGACACAGAUGGGCUUUCCUGGGAGCUGGAACCAGCAUACAGGUAAAUGAGAUGGAGUAUGAUACUGGUGCUCUUCAGUUGGAGAAAAUAGAAAACAAAGCUGGUGUUAAUGUUGAUUUGAUAUCAUGAUGGAAUUGAUUUGGGGCAGGAUUGACAUGGAAGCUGGUUUGGUGCAGUUCCUUGGUCGAGACAUCCACUUCCCUCAUGGCUCCAGACCCAGAGGAGACCCAUCCUGCUGGUUUACUCCCGGAGUCAUCUGCUCAGGAGGUUCGGCACAAAGACACUCACACAAUAAUGGAUUUUGUCCAGGACUUUAAGCCUUACUAAGACCUCUUGCAUUACAUUUAAAAAAUAUUUUUAGUUGUGGUUGUGUAGGGGGAACUUUUGAACUCUUCAGCCUAAUCUGACUCUUUUUUUCUGCUACAGGGGUAGACUUAUUCUCCAUCAUCAGCAUGUUCCUUGGAGUGAUGGUUUCCUCUGUUUCCAUGGUGCCAUUUAUUUACUGUAUCAGGUACAAAGCAGCAGAAAGUUCUAGAUCAUGUACCCCCACAGAUUGUAGAAUCUAUGUUAAAUUUUUAAAGGUAAUCAGAAAAGGAAAUAUCAAGACCGAUUGAUCGUGAUGUUCUCCUGCUGUCCUCUUGCUACACAGGCGACAUAUAUAUCGGAUUCGCCUGAUCAGGGGUCCCAACAAAAUCUUGCUGACUCUGGAUGAUGUCACAUUUAUCAACCCAACUCUAAGCAUCAAGGUUAGCCCUGUGUGAAGCUCAACUACUUUUAUAGAUAUAAUUACAGUAGAUGGGAGUGGUUGUAAAUGUCAUGUUUUGUAUGUAAAGUAUUCUUAAAAUGAAACCACUGUACCUGAACUGGACUCCAUGUAGAAGCUGAGUCUGGACGACAGCAAGGCCACCGACAUCAGGAGUCUGUCAGGCUGCAGUGCUGACUCACCAGGCUCCGCCCAGUCCCCAGCUACGUAUGAGAACUCAAAUGUCGUCAUCUAUGAGGUGGGACAAAAGUUGAACAAACACUACGAGGAAAAGUCCUUUUCCUCAAGGUCCUGUGUCUUAAGGUCCAAUUUUUGAACAACAAUGUACUGAGUAAAUCCUGGCCAGUCUUAACAAACACAUGCUAACUCGAGUCAACUUCAUGUGUUGUUGCCCUCUCCUUUAGGGUGACUGGGCAUGGCUAAAAAGACUUCAAGGUGGAACAUUUAGUCGCAUCAACCCCAAAACCAGCCUGAUAUUUGAACUGGUACAUGACGUUUCUGUUGUUAUCAGAAAAAAUCAUGGAAACCAAGCAGAUAUCAAGGACAUGUAUCAUAAAUUAUUGUCUUUGAUUACAGAUGAAGGACUUGCGCCAUGAGAAUAUCAACCCUUUCCUGGGCUUCUUCCAUGAUUGUGGCGUGUUCGCCAUUGUGACAGAGUUCUGCUCCAGAGGCAGUUUGGAGGACCUGCUUCUAAACGAGGACGUCAAACUCGACUGGAUGUUCAAGUCGUCUCUGCUGCUGGAUUUGAUUAAAGUCAGUAAGCAAGGCAGCAGCAGAUAUGAAAAGUUGAAAAAGACACAUGAAAAAAAUGGUUCUGUCUUAGGGUAUGAAGUACCUCCACCACCGUGGGGUGUCCCACUCACGUCUGAAGUCUCGUAACUGUGUUGUGGACGGGCGUUUCGUCCUGAAGGUCACAGAUUAUGGCUACAACGAGGUUAUGGAGGCUCAGAAAUUCCCUUACAUCGAACCACCCAUUGACGGUGAGAGGACAGACCAGAUUUAGAGCCAAAGUAGUUUCCGCUGUAACAGGAAACUAACGAAACUCUUUGUGUUUCAGAGCUGCUGUGGACAGCUCCAGAGAGCCUGAGACUCUCUGGACAGCCGGGGCUUCAUGGGACCCCACUGGGUGACGUGUACAGCUUUGCUAUUGUCAUGCAGGAAGUGGUGGUCAGAGGGCCUCCAUUCUGUAUGCUGGACCUGUCCGCCAAAGGUAAGAGUACCAUCUCUGUUACCGCCCAAAUUAACACUAAGACUGAAAAAACUUUGCAGUUGAACUUUCUUUCUGUUUUAGAGAUUAUAGAGAGGGUCCGUAAACCUCCUCCACUGUGCCGCCCGGUUGUGAGUCCGGAUUACGCGCCGGUGGAGUGCAUCCAGCUGAUGAAACAAUGCUGGAGUGAACAACCAGACAAGAGGCCCAGCUUUGAGGAAAUCUUCGACCAGGUAGGAGGGUUUUAGGGGUAUCAGUUUCACAGCAAAGGUGGACCAAAUCUUCAAGUGUAUAUCUGAAGUAUCAUACGGUAUGGUAUUCUAUUGUAUAGCCCAGUCCUCGUCUCUUCUCCCUUGUUUAAGUUCAAGAACAUCAACAAAGGUAAGAAGACCAACAUCAUCGACUCCAUGCUGCGGAUGCUUGAGCAGUACUCGUCGAAUCUGGAGGAGCUGAUCAAGGAGAGAACGGAGGAGCUGGAGAUCGAGAAACAGAAGACGGAGAAGCUGCUGACUCAGAUGUUACCCCCGUGAGUUAACUUAGAAAUAUUUCUACAAACCACUCACAUUCAAAUACAGAUUAAAACUCACUGAAAUAGUUUGGCAGAGACAGUAAAACUUGAUGUUUUUUGGUUCAGCUCUGUGGCCGAGGCCUUGAAGGUUGGAGGGACGGUUCAACCCGAGUAUUUCGACAGUGUGUCACUUUACUUCAGCGACAUUGUCGGUUUCACCACCAUCUCGGCCAACAGCGAACCCAUCGAAGUGGUCGACCUGCUCAAUGACCUCUACACAGUGUUUGACGCCAUCAUUGGGAAUCAUGAUGUCUACAAGGUGCUGACUUUGAAUAAAUGCACCUUUCUUUGCCCAAUCCUUCAGACUCCCAAUAAGACAUACUUCUUCUGAUUCUGUCAAGGUGGAGACCAUCGGGGAUGCAUACAUGGUGGCAUCAGGUGUCCCUGUCCUGAACGAGAACCGCCACACCGCAGAGAUCGCAAACAUGGCUCUGGACAUCCUGAGUGCUGUGGGAACCUUUAAAAUGAGACACAUGCCUGACGUUCCCGUCAGGAUACGGAUAGGACUUCACACGGGUAAGAGAAGCAGACACAGAACUACUUUACACACCUGUAACCAAACUGGUUUGAGGAAGACCUGAUACUCCACCAGUGAACUACAGUAAAGACACUUGGACAGGGACAAAGAGUGUUGAAUUCCUCUGUUUCUGACUGUUUGGCAGGUUCAUGUGUAGCCGGUGUGGUUGGACUCACCAUGCCUCGUUACUGUCUGUUUGGGGACACAGUGACCACGGCUUCCCUGAUGGAGUCUAGUGGGUUACGUAAGUCUCAGGCACUGAAAAUUGAUGGAGAAUCUCCACAUGAACAAAAGACAGAUGUUCAACCGGUAAUCCAAAAGUUAUAUCUUCUCAUCAAGUUAGGGAACCUAGUGCCGGAGCACUUCCAGCUUUGGUUGAGUUUCAUUCGGUAGAGUAAACCCUAAUCUUUGAACAGCCAACUUGGCGUUGAUGCCGACAGAUUGGACAAUUCAGACUGCAAGUAGAGCAGCGGUUCUCAUGAGUGUCAUGCCGUAGCAAGACAAUAGAGGCAAUUUUUGCGCUAGGCUCUCAGCAAAACAACCUCGGACAAAAGAGUAGUACUGCACAGAUUUCUGACAAUUGAGUGUACAGUUCCGUGUCCAACCAAACUUAACCGGACUACCUGGUGGACAUGUUGCUAUGAUGUCUUGUAGAGGCCUUUCCGUUGCUGUUUAUUCCAGCCACAUGGGAAAAUACAAACCAAUCCUUUCAUUUUCUGCAGCCUACCGAAUCCACGUCCACGAGAGCACAGUCAAAGUUUUGCGGGACUUGAAUCUCGGCUAUAAGGUUGAGCUGAGAGGAAAGACGGAAGUCCAGGUAAGACUUUUAAUCUGAAAUUCAACUCUUGUUCAAAUUUAAUCUCUUGAACUUCUUUCCGCUCGGUCUCUGUCUCAGGGGAAAAGAGUUGAGGAGACAUACUGGCUGGUGGGAAAAGAAGGAUUCACCAAACCUCUGCCAGUUCCUCCAGAUCUCAAAUCUGGGUAGGGCCAACUUUCCUCCUCUUCAUGCCUCACAUUAAUCCAUCCAUGGAAAUUUAAAAAAAGUCAAAAUAGUCCAUAAGACGCGAUCAUGUCCUUUACUUUUGUCCCAACAGGCAAAUGGCUCACGGGCUGCAGAUGGCGGAGAUCACUCAGUACAAGAAAUGGAAAGCUGAAAAACUACAACAGGAGAAAAAUGCAAAGAGGAGAAACUAA